UCUCUGAGCUAGGAACUCCCACGGCUUGAGAAUUCGUUGUGCUCAGCCCUGACAUUCGCUUUCUAUACGGGGUCAUAUCGCAUUUUAUCACGAUGCACUGGUGGAACGCCGUGGUUGUGGCUGCUUGCGCUAGCCAGGCGGCUGCACAUGCGAAUUCGGAUGAUCAUCCUCGUGGCGUCCCAAAGCUCGCGGGGGCUCGAAGGUUCUUGUCGGAAUUCGGAGGAAAAAGGAGUUGGGAAUCUCGGUCGCAACCCUCACAGGUAACUGAGACAGUCGAAGGUCCGGAAGAAGAGGGAAACCAAGAACGAAAUGAGCUCGAUAAACGUCAGAGAGGUUCCACGAGAUGUGGCGCAAAUCGUGGAAAAUGUGCAGAGGGAUCUUGCUGCUCGGCUGAAGGCUACUGCGGGCAAGGGGAAGACUUUUGUACCUCUCCAGACUGUCAGAUUAACUACGGGCCAGCGUGCGAUGGUAAUAUACAGCCAUCCGGAGCGGACACUUCGUCUAUUUCUCGUACCAAAGUGGGCAAAGUACAGUACGGUGGCGUUGGUAUUUACGACUGUGUGAAUAAUGGUGAUAUCGCUGUCACUUUCGAUGAUGGUCCAUAUGAUUACACCAACGACCUUCUCGACAAAUUUGCUAAAUAUGAAGCAAAAGCUACGUUUUUCAUUACUGGUAACAAUCUAGGAAAGGGGCAAAUUAAUGACCCGGAAUAUCCUUGGUCUACCGUAAUCCAGCGAAUGGCUGCUGAGGGCCAUCAAAUUGCGAGCCACACAUGGUCACACGAGAACUACAGCCAGUUAACCACAGCUCAAUUCAAAAACCAGAUGAUAUGGAAUGAGAUUGCUCUAAACGACAUCCUCGGUUAUUUCCCUACUUACAUGCGACCCCCCUAUUCCAUUUGUCCCGCUGGUUGCCAGUCACAGCUAGCUAACCUUGGAUAUCACGCUGUUUACUUUGAUCUUGACACUGAGGGAUAUCUCCAUGACGACGCAAAACAGAUUCAAACGAGCAAAGACAUUUGGGACGAGGCGGUUGACGGUUCCAACCCGUGUGAAGACAGUUAUCUCGAGAUCGAGCACGACAUCCACUACCAAACCGUCUACAAUUUGACCGACUACAUCCUCGAAUCCUUAUUCAGCCACGGUUACAGGUCCGUUACAGUAGGACAAUGCUUAGGUGAUCCCCCUGAGAACUGGUACCGAGCUGGUACAGGAAAGGUCCCGGAUUACAACUUUACCAUUCGAGCCCCGACUGGAACAUUUAGUUGUCUCCCUACACCCACGUCUACCCGCCCGAGCACACCGAGCAGCACUUUGAAAGUGAGCGAAGAUGGAAAAUGCGGCACAGGGGUGACAUGCGCCGGAUCGCAGUACGGAAACUGUUGUUCUACCAAUAGCUGGUGCGGUGGCUCGAUCGAUUACUGCGGCUCGAACUGCCGGCCCGAAUUCGGUAUCUGCUCGUCUGCAGACUCACAGAUCCCUACGAACCUCCCCCUCCCGAACGGUCCAGGAACUACGGGUAACCCUGACGACCCCAUAACCACAACCACGACUUCGGGUCCUGCUCCUACCAGUACACAGGAUGUAUCGGUCGACGGUAACUGCGGUAACGGAAUCACCUGUCAAGGAUCGGAGUUUGGAAACUGUUGUUCAGUAAACGGCUGGUGCGGAUCAACAAUUGAUUACUGCGGCGAAGGCUGCCAACCAGCAUUUGGAUCAGGAUGCCAGGCAAGCGACCCAUCACCACCGUCAUCCCCUCCAGUGACCACACCACCUACAAGUACCAGCGCCUCUUCUACCUCUCCGCCAUCAACAUCUCCCCCGACAACCACAACAAAGACAACAACAACUAAGACGGGGAGCAGUAGUACGAAAACAACGAAGACGUCGACCUCGAAAUCGACUUCGACCACUAAGAAGUCUACAUCUACGUCUAAAUCUACAUCUCGUUCAACAUCCCACUCUACUUCCCAUUCUACAUCUCAUUCAACAAGCCACUCCUCAGGGAAAGGGCUACCGGCCGAGGCAACGCAGACAAGUUAGCAAGCAGUCGUUACAAAGUGAGAGGAGGAUAUAAACAAUUUACCUAGGCCACGAAAA